AUGAAGAUCUUCAAGGACGUGCUGACCGGCUCCGAGGUCGUCUGCGACAAUGACUGCCCGUUCGACGUGGAGGGCGACAUCAUGUAUGUGGUGAACGGCCGCUACAUCGACGUUGGUGGCGAGGACUACGGUAUCUCUGCCAACGUGGACGAGGACGCUGCGGAGGGCGCGACGGGUGAAGUUGCGGAGGGGAAGGAGCGCGUGGUGGAUGUGGUGUACAACAACCGGUACACGGAGACAUCGUACGACAAGGCGUCUUACAUGGCGCACAUCCGCAGCUACAUGAAGCAGCUGCUGGAGAAGAUCGAGAACGAGGAGGAGAGGAAGGCGUUCCAGACGAACGCUGCGGCGUUCGUGAAGAAGGUGCUGAAGGACAUCGACGAGUACCAGUUCUUCAUCCCGGAGGGCAACGACGAGGACCCGGACAACGGCAUGAUCGUGCUGUGCCGCUGGGACGGUGAGACGCCGAGGUUCUACUUCUGGAAGGAUGGCUUGAAGGGCGAGCGCGUCUAG